AAUCUAAAUAUCAAUCUGAAGAUGUUGAAUCGCGAUAAGAUUCCAUCGAUUAAAUGCAUUUGUUUGUUAUUUGUGUUGCGAUUAUGGUUGGUCGGUUCGAUAAGAAUCGAAUGGUUUAAAUACCAUUUCAAUGCGAUUUUUUUUGCACACAAACAUUGUAUCCGAACGCCGAUAUUGAAUAGGUGUAAAUUGAUAAAUUGCAAAACAGAAUGUUUCGAUAUCCAUGGAAAAAUCUCCGAAAAUCGAUAAAAAAUACGAAACGCUAUUUGGUGAAUAGUGGCAAUGUUGAUAAUAAAAAAGUUCUGCCGAAUCAUGCCGAUGUUGUGAUUAUUGGUGGAGGCAGUGCCGGCUGUUACACAAUUUAUCAUCUGGCUAAACGUGGCAUAAAAGCAAUCUUAAUCGAACGCUGCAAACUGACUUCUGGAACAACAUGGCAUACAAAUGGACUUAUGUGGCGUAUUCGACCCAAUGAUACCGAUAUUCAGUUAUUGAACUCAACAAGAGAUACGGUGAUUGAUAUAAAAAAUAAUACCGAAUACGAUCCCGGUUGGAUUCAAAAUGGAGGACUUUUUAUUGCUCGCAAUAAGAUUCGUUUGGAUGAAUAUCAACGUCUGGCCACAAUUGCUAAAAUAUAUGGUAUAGAGCAUGUAAUGCUCACACCAGAUGAAACGCUUAGAAUUGCACCGGUUCUAAAUCGUGAUGCAUUUGUUGAGUCACUUUAUUCACCUGGUGAUGGUAUAAUCGAUCCAACGAUGUUGUGCAAUGCCCUGACAAAGCUUGCCAUCAAAACGUCGAAUGCUCAAGUCAUUGAAGAUUGUCCGGUUACGGAAAUACUCACAGAGCAAAACGACAGAGGUGUUAAUAAAAUAAUCGGCGUACGAACUGAACACGGUGACAUAAAAACGAGUUGUAUUGUGAAUGCAACUGGAGUUUGGGGAAGAGAUUUGUUCGAACCAUUCGGUAUAACAAUACCAUUGAUUCCAAUGAAGCAUUCGUAUGUUGUGUCCGAGCCAAUUGAAGGUAUUAAAGGAUUGCCCAAUAUAAGAGAUCACGAUGCAUCGAUUGUAUUUCGUGUACAAGGAUCAUCGAUGUAUUUAGGUGGCUAUGAAAAGAAUCCAAUUCUUUUGGAGAAAGUUGAGAGUGAAUUCAGUUUUGGUUUGUAUGAUUUGGAUUGGUCGACAUUUGAUUGUCACGUUGAAGAAGCGGUUGAAUUGUGUCCGGCUUUUGGUGAGGCUGGUAUUAAAUGCACCAUAUGUGGACCAGAAUCGUUUACUCCAGAUCAUAGACCGAUUAUGGGACCAGAUCCUCUUAUGAUCGGUUUGUUCCAUAAUUGUGGGUUUAAUUCGGCAGGAAUGAUGUAUGGCGGUGGUUGCGGCGAACAAUUGGCCGAGUGGAUCAUACACGGACGACCUGAUUUUUAUAUGUUUAAUUUCGAUGUGAGACGUUUUACACCAAAGCAAAUGGCCGAUAAGGAAUACUCAAUCCAACGAUGCCAUGAAGCCUAUGCCAAAAAUUACUCAACGGUUUUUGCCCAUCUUCAACCGCUGGCGGGACGAAAUUUUAAAACGGAUCCAUUGCAUACGGAAUUGGUUUUAAAUGGAGCCGUUAUGGAGGAGAAACAAGGAUACGAACGUCCCGCAUUCUUUUACAAAGAAAAAGCACCGAUUAAUAUUCCUCCGUAUGAUUGGUAUGGUGCAUAUGAUCAUCCGCGUAACUCAGACAGGAAUUAUUUGAAUAUUUUGAAAGGAGAUCAAAAGUACGAGUUUUCUGACCAUCACAAAAGGAUUGGCGCGGAGGCAAUGAGUUGUCGAACUAAAGCGGCCAUAUUCAAUUUGAACAGCUUCUCAAAAAUCUUGAUCGAUGGCCCUGAUUCAAAGGAAGCAAUGGAAUGGAUUUGUACCAAUGAUAUCAACAAACCACCAAACUCAAUCGUUUAUACAUGUGCUCUCAAUGGUCGUGGUGGUGUUGAGGCGAAUUUCAUGGUCACAGUUUUAGAAUCAGGAGAUGGAAGUGUUACUACACCAAAAUUCAAUGGAACUGCAUAUUACAUAGUUGGCGAUGGCGCAUUUGCUAAUCAUAUUUUAGCACAUAUCAAUGAUGCGGUUGCCGAACGAGAAUUUAACGCUACCGUGAGAGAUGUUACCGAUCAAAUGGCAAUUAUUUCCAUUCAAGGGCCAAAUAGUCAAAAAAUAGUAGAAGAAUUGACUGUUUCACGCUUGGACACCCUGACUCCGUUUACAAGUACAACAGCAACAAUGAAGAAAGCAAACUCGAAAGCAUUCUGUGUUCGGAUAAUGCGCAUUAGUACAAUGGGUGAACUUGGAUAUGAGCUUCAUAUGGAUAAUGAAGAAUGUGUGGGUAUUUACAACCAAUUGAUGGACAUCGGUUCGCAAUAUGGUUUGAAAAAUGCUGGUUUUCGUGCGUACAAUUCGCUGAACUGUGAAAAAGGACAUCAUUUAUGGGGCUUUGACUUGCGAUCUGAUGACACACCGGUUGAAGCAAACCUGGAGAGUUUAUGUCGAAAAAAUGGCGAAUAUAAAGGAAUGGAAGUGAUUGAAAAGCAACGAAAACAUGGUGUGCAUAAGCGUUUGGCGUACUUGACUCUUGACGAAAAAAUCCCAUUGUGGGGCUUGGAAGGCGUUUAUUGCAAUGGCAAAGCGGUUGGCUAUGUGCGACGAGCCGAAUUCGGUUAUUACAUCAAUAAAUCAAUCGGAAAAUCAUACAUUCGUUCGAUUGAUGGUGCACCAAUCGAUGUUAAACGGUUAACUAGGGGAUCCUAUGAAAUUGAUGUACUUGGAAAAUUAUAUUCGGCCAAAGUACACUUGCAGUCGCUACUUGAUUUUUAAAAUAUCAGCAAAUGUUUCUAAAGGUACCAUUUUCGAUCUUCGCCGAUUUUCAGCAUUUUUGCUAUAUUUGUAGAGCCACUUGAUGAAUUUUAAAAUAAUAUACAUUCUUAGAAAGUUGAUGAUUACACCUUUCAGAAAAUAUGAAAAAUUUUAGAAAUCCGUUCAGUGGCUCAGAAGAUGUACCCAAAAUUCUGAAUAGCCCUCUUGAAUCGGCGACAAAAAUCGGUCGCUAGAAAAUGGUACCUUAAUCCGAAAAUGUGGCCAUUCUCAGACGGCGAAAAUGUUUGUUGACAAUUUAUUGAUCUAAAUCGUCGUUUCAACCGAAUCGUCUUAAUACAUUGUUUUUUAUACGUUAUCUUUAUAAGUUUUUCUUAGAAAAUUUUCAAUUUUUAUUAACUGUUCAUUUAGCAUUUGAAUGUCAUUGCUCUAAAAUAUAAAAAUUCAUUUUCUUUUGUUCCCUACCAUUUUUGAUUACACAAAAAUUGCCUUUGACAUAUGAAACCGGAAAUUCUAUUGAAAAUAAAAUAUCAUAAAUCUUCAUAAAACAAAAA